UACUGAAGGGAAUAAAGGCCUAUCAAAGAACACUAGGAAGUGAAUUAACUCGUGUGAACUCCAGAGACGCCGGGGUUUCUCGCUUUACAUACAAUAUCAUUUUGAAAGUUGGCUUUAUACCGCUGUACAAGGCUGUAGGUGAUAUAAAGAAGACGGUGUGGGAUGAGAUGCCAUCUGAAAAAAGUCUUCCUCCUAGCAGCUGGUCUUCUCAUUUUGACCAGGGUCUACAUCUACAUGCAGAGAGCAGAAUCGGGACACUUCAAGGGGUCACUGACCUGGAUCUGGGAUAAGGAGAUUUGGGUGGAAGAUCUUAAGGCCCAUUACCUGCAUUUCAAUGUUUCCAUUAAAGUUCUGGCAGGAGUCUUCAAGCCGUUCAAGAAGUACCUGACGGUGGGGCUCUCGUCUGUGAAGAGGGCAAAGGGCAGUUAUCUUCAGGACACUCUGAAGUCAAUCUUCUCGGCCUCCUCAGAGGAAGAGCUGGAUCAAAUGGUCGUCGUCGUCCUUCUUGCAGACUUCGAUGUGAGCUGGAUCCAGCAGACUUUAGAGAAGAUUAGCGAUGAAUUCCACACGCGGCUGUCCAAGGGUCAACUUCUGGUCAUCCACGCCAACAAAGACAACUAUCCUCCCCUCACAGGACUGAAGAGGAACUUCAAUGACGCUCCUGACCGCGUGUCCUUCCGUUCGAAGCAAAAUGUGGACUACUCCUAUUUGCUCCAUUUUAGCAGUAAUCUCUCCCAAUACUAUGUCAUGCUGGAGGAUGACGUGAGCUGUUCGAAGAACUUUCUCUCCAGUAUACGUGAGCACAUCGGUUCUGUGGGCAACUCGAAGUGGGUCACAUUAGAAUUCUCCAAACUGGGCUACAUCGGAAAACUCUAUCAGUCCAGAGAUCUGCCCAUUCUUGCCCGAUUCCUUUAUAACUUCUACCAAGAGAUGCCCUGCGACUUCCUGCUGUCGCAUUUUCACCGAUUGUUGAUGCAAGACAAAGUCAUUCGUUUCCGCCCAUCUCUGUUUCAGCACAUGGGCACUUACUCGUCGUUUAAGGGGACGUUCAAUCGUCUCAAGGAUGAGGACUUUGUUGAAGAAGUUGCUGAUAACCCUCCAGCAGACAUUAGGACGAAUAUUGAAACCUAUAAGAGCAAUACCGUCGACAAAGCUUACAGCCAGGGCUUGGAGUAUUUCUGGGGUGUUUCUCCUAUUAGCACAGAAAAUUACAUUUUAGUGGUCUUUCAUGAACCUGUUCUGAUCUCCCGUGUCAAAAUAGUAACAGGAUUGGAUGGGAAAGAUGAGCUGGCCUAUGCUGAUGUGGAACUUGGAAAAACGAUGGUCAGAAAGGAGUCGGAGGUGGAGUGCUCCGGAUUUGACAAGCUGGGUUCUCUUCAGCGAGGCCAGUUAAAUGAAGCGGCUGUCCAGAAGUUUGUGCAGGUAACCGUGGCAUGUCUACGAAUCCGAGUCACUGCAGCACAGAAGACCUGGGUUGUCGUACGCAAGAUCCAGGUCUGGACUGUUAAAGCUGACCAAAUCACAUGAAAUACUGCUGCUGUGCAUUUAUUAUCAUGACUUCCAAAGGCUUGAAUCUUUCAAAUAAACACAUGCUAAUCUGUAUGUGAGGGAAUGAUGUCAUUACACUGGAUAAAAUAAUUUAAUAUAAAUAUUCUUAAAACAAGAUAUAUAUGUUUAGGCAUACUAUAUUUUCCUUAGGAAACUAUGUUUAAAUUAUUUUUAUUUUUCUGUUCCCGUUGU